GAUUUAACGCCAGUUGAAAAUUAUAUUUGUUAACCUAAACAUAAUUUUAAUAUAAUACAAUAUUCGGCGAAAAUUUGACCAAACACUAAACUUUUUAUAAACAUUUUAUAUGUAUCACACGUUAUUUAUUUAAAUCAUCAAAAAGUUUUAAAAAUACUGAAAACCUACAAAUACGUAAAACAAAAGAUGUUAACAGAUAAUAAUUAAAAAUUGAAAGAUUGAGCUUAGGGACUAUAUUAAUAAAUGUAACAACAAUAUAAUGAUGGUGUACCCUGAUGAGCCUUUUUGGGCGUUACCAACUGUACCAGGAUUAUAUGAUGACAAUGACUAUCGAGUUAAUGUUGUUGAAGCUUUACAAGAGUUUUGGCAAAUAAAACUGGCACGGGGGGCUGAUUUAAAAAAUGGAGCACUUGUCAUAUAUGAAUCUGUUCCAUCAAACAGUCAACCUUAUGUUUGCUAUGUAACUUUACCGGGUGGAAGUUGCUUCGGAAGCUUUCAGAAUUGUCCGACAAAAGCAGAAGCUAGAAGAAGCUCUGCCAAAAUUGCCUUAAUGAAUUCUGUAUUCAAUGAACAUCCUUCUCGAAGAAUAACUGAUGAAUUUAUUGAAAAGGCAGUUCAGGAUGCCUGGACCUCUUUUAAAGGAAAUUUAAAAGAAAAUGAUGCCCCAGAUACUGGCAUUGGAGCGUUUAGAUUUAUGCUAGAAUCCAAUAAAGGUCGCACUAUGUUGGAGUUUCAGGAGCUAAUGACAGUUUUUCAACUACUACACUGGAAUGGUUCACUCAAAGCUAUGCGAGAACGGCAGUGCUCACGUCAAGAGGUAGUGGCGCAUUAUUCUAAUAGAAGUCUUGAUGACGAUAUGCGCGCACAGAUGGCUUUGGAUUGGAUUGCUCGAGAGCAAGAAAACCCUGGCGCUCUCGGUCAUGAAUUAGCACAAGCAGAGAGGGAGUUAGAUACAGCUAGACUAGCAGGGCGUGAAUUAAGAUUCCCAAAAGAAAAAAAGGACAUUUUAUUAUUGGCGCAUAACCAGUUGGGUGGAAACGUUAAUAUAAAUAACUCCGGCUUAAAUUGUUAAGCUGGACAACUUUAAAUAUAAUACACAUUUUUAUAACACUUACAGUGAAUCAAUAAGUUUUGCAUUUUUUUCUAAUCGUUUUCUGUUUAUAAAUAAUUUUUAAGAAAACUGGUGGAGAGUAAUAUUUUCCAAAUGAAAUUUUGUAGACAUUAUGUAAAAUGGAAAAACCAUCAAUAAAAUAGUGAAAUAUAAGUUUUUGUAA